UGGUGAUAGUUUUGUAGUUUCUUCGAAUGUAGUUUCAGUUGUUAGUUGUCAAACAGUCUUAAUGAUAACUGUAAGUAGUUAAUCUUAGGAGAGUUAAUUUAACAUUUCCGAAAUCUAUAGUAAAAUUUCUUGGAACGUCAAAAUGCAUGACGCUUACGAACAAACGUCAAUAUUAAAUAUUUCCGUUCAAAUAGAAUCUAUAGCUGCUUACGAUGACAAUUUAUUAAUUGGUACAAGAGAAGGUCAUGUUCUUAUGUAUAAUGUUCCUUCCAUAACAGACGAUAGUCAUAAAUUAGAAUUAUUGCGCCAUAGUAAAAACUUCAACAAAAAACGCAUCACACAAAUUGAUGUUGUGCCAGAAUAUAAUUUAUUAAUAAUCUUAACAGAUAAUAUUCUUUGCGUGCACGAUUUGAAUUCUCCUAAUUUUCAACAAGUUUGCCAGUUACAAAAAACUCGUGGUGCUACAUUAUUUACUUUAGAUGUACAAACUACUCAGAGUUUAACUGGAGAAAAAAAUACAUUUGUACGUUUGUGUGUUGCUGUGAAACGUAAGCUGCAAUUAUAUUAUUGGAAAGCAAAGAAAUUUGAGGAAUUCAAAGAUUUUGAAUUAACCAUACCAGAUAUACCACGUGAAUUAUCUUGGUGUGGAGAUUCCCUAAUUUUGGGUUUUCGUGGUUUGUCAUACACAAUAUUGGACUUAAAUGGAAAAUCUAAAGAAUUAUUUCCAACUGGAAAGUCACCUGAACCAAGUGUUACAAAAUUGUCUGAUAAUUCGUUUGUAUUAGGAAAAGAUUCUCAGUCGUUUAUUAUGGAUACGAAGGGUGAAUUAAUUCAACAUAGUUCAGUAAAAUGGUCUGAUACACCAAGUGCAAUAGCUUGGGAUGAUCCUUAUUUACUUGGAAUUGUGCAUGACAGAUUAGAAGUAUAUACCAUAGAGGACUGUGUACAUAUUCAAACAAUAAAAGACUUAAAUAAAGCCAGACUUAUAUAUAGAUGUAAGCAGGGAAAGGUUUUCGUAGCAUCAAUUAGUCAUAUUUGGUGCGUAAGAGCUGUUGAUGUGUCACUUCAAAUUAGAACAUUACUUCAACAAGAACAGUUUCAGCUGGCGCUGAAAUUAACCAGUUUAUCUGACAUAACUGAAGAAGAAAAAAUUAAACAAACAUACAAAAUACAAACGUUAUAUGCGCAUCAUCUAUUUGCUAAUAAAAGAUUUCAAGAAGCAAUGGACUUAUUUUUGAAAUUAGGAACAGAUCCAUAUGAAGUGAUUACACUGUUCCCUGAUUUAGUUAUUUCAUCGAGCAAUAGUUCUGAACACAAUGAACCAACACCAAGUUUGCCUAAAUUACAAGAUCAUGAUUUAGAGAAAGGUCUGCGUGCGUUAAUAGUAUUCCUUACAGAAGUCAGACAUAAAUUAAUGGGCGAUGCACAGGCAAAAGAUAAAGAUAAUAAUAAAGAGAAGUCUUUGAUUAAAGGCGAAAAGAAUAUGACAGCAGUAGCUACUGAACAGCUUUUAAAAAUUAUAGAUACAACUCUUUUGAAAUGUUAUUUGCAGACUACUGAUGCGUUAGUGGCACCGUUGCUUAGGCUAAAUCAUUGUCAUUUGGCAGAGGCUGAAAGAACAUUGCUAAUGCACCAGAAGUAUCCUGAGCUUAUUAUAUUGUAUCAAACUAAAGGGCAACAUAGAAAAGCAUUGGAACUUCUUGAAAAACAUGCAAAAGAAAAUGAUCCUAGUCUUAAGGGAACUGAAAGAACAAUUUUAUAUUUGCAACAUCUGGGUAAAGAUCAUAUGGAUUUAAUUUUAAAGUUUGCUGGUUGGGUUUUGAAUGAAGAUCCAGAACAAGGACUUAGAAUAUUCAUGGAAGACAUACAGGAAGUUGAGCAGUUACCGAGACCAAAGGUAUUGGAUUAUCUUCUUCGUUGUCACGCAGAUUUAGUUAUAACAUAUUUGGAACAUGUGGUAAAUAUUUGGGAAGAUACUAAUCCACUGUACCAUAAUGUUCUAAUACAUCAGUAUAAAGAGAAAUAUUUAACGUCUUUGAACGAUGCCAAGACUCCUGGUGAAAAAGAAGCAGCGCAGCAUAUUAGGCAAAAACUAAAACAAUUCUUGGAGAAAUCAAAGCAUUACACCCCAGAAACAAUAUUAGUCCAUUUUCCAUUUAAUAAUUUGUUCGAGGAACGAGCUAUCAUUCUCGGACGACUUGGUCGUCAUCAACAAGUUAUAUCAAUAUAUAUUAAUCUUCUUAAUGACAUUCCAAAGGCUAUUGAGUAUUGUCAGAAUGUAUACACUAAAUAUCAAAGCCUAAGUAAUGCAGAGAAACAAAAACAGACUGAUGGCGCAGAGGAGAUUUAUUUGAUACUUAUACAACAAUUAUUGAAACCCGAUGACAAAGAAGUUUUAAUGACAGGAUGUAGUCCAGAACUUCAACGAACGGCACAACCUGAUUUGGAAAUGGCGUUACAGUUGCUAGAGAAACACGCAUCAAAAAUAAACCCGUUGAAAGCGUUAGACGUUCUGCCCGAUACAGUUCCUAUAGGUAGAAUAAAGCAUUUCUUGGAAGUCAGUUUACAGGAGAAACUGAAUAAUAGAAGGAGGAUGCAGGUAUUAAAAGGAUUGCUCUAUGCAGAACACUUGCAAGUGCAAGAACAACGUAUGCAUUACGAAUCGCAGAGUGUUCUUAUGACAGAAUUUAAUAUAUGCCCAGUAUGUAAGAAGAGAUUCAGUAAUCAGAGUGCAUUUGCCAGAUAUCCGAACGGCGACAUUGUACAUUAUUCGUGUCAAGAUCGUAAAAGUUAAAGAGAGAAAUAAAUAAAAUUUAUUUGUACUAAACGAUAUAAAAUGUACACUGCGAUGUAUUUCUGCUCAUAUUAUGUAUAUAAAUGUACACAUUUUCCAUUUGCCUUCCUUUCACUGUGAUCUAUUUUUAAGAUUAUUUUUAAUCGUAUAAUAUACAUAAAUCUAUAAUUUGUAAUAUUAUUUCCUUUAGAAGAAAAUGGAAGAAAAUUUUAGGAAAAAAUAGUGUAAAGUAUUACGGCUGACAUUUUAUUUAUAUUAUUAAAAAUAUGUGUGCGUAUAUAUAUACAGGUACGUAUGUAUG